AUGCCCAAAUCCCCCGCCGCCCCCGAAAUAGUCCUGCAAAAGGCAGACACACUACCAGACACGUCGUCGCGCAAGUCAGAAGGCUCAGUGGCCUUGCUCCGGCCCAACUCGAUACCGGUCUGGGCCGCCGCCAAGCUCGAUGGCCGCUCAGCCGGGAGCAAGAGCUCGAAUUCACCGACUACGACCGCGUCCUCGGAUCGUCUUGGUCCUAGGACAAGUUCAACCCAGGCCUCUUCUACAUCUUACAGUCCGCCGUCGCCGAUACUGGCUGCGACGAAGACUACCAUGCCUCUCAGUCUGGCGCCGGAAAGGAGCAAUACCGGCACCUCCCGGUGGUCGGAAUUCGUCUCGCUUUCACAACUCCCUGGCCAAACAAAGACAGAGAACGAUCUGCGACUGAUGUCUCAGGCUGUCCGCUCUGACGGUCUUUCAGAGGAAAAACUGCCUGCAAGUCCGGGUGUGAAAAGUAGCGGCUCGAUACCCCAUCGGUUAUCUGAAAAAUUAGAUAACGAGAGCGAGUCCUUUAUGAACGACAACAGUUUAACACUUGCGAGCGGCACCGACGCCGGAGAUCAGAGCAGUCGGCAAGGAGACAAGAGCGCACACUUGUUCUUCCACAAGAAGCGGAAAAUCAUAGCCUUUGAAGACCUGGAGAAACAAAUGGACUUGACCGGCCCAUGGAAUCCCGCGCACGACCACUCGACUACAAAUCUCGAUUCCGGACGCGCAGACGGCCUCGCGGUUCCCGAAAACGCAGUCUCAGCAAGCCAUCACCACCGAUCGGAUGCGUACUCGAUUAACAGCAACAUCCAGUCAUCGAUCUCCCGAAGCAGUGUCGACUCGCACUUUGUGAUGACUGCCGAUCUGGCGGCACGGCGGGCAAACAGGAAACUGAAUCUACGGGUUAUGCUCCUGAAUAACCCGUACGUGCCCAUGACGCUCCGAUGUGGCAUCUUUGUGCUCUCUAUCUUGGCGUUGGCGCUGGCAGCGAGCAUUUAUCACUUCACCAGGAUGUACAAGGCGGAUAGUCUAAGUCAGCAGUCGUCGACCAUCAUGGCGAUCUGCGUCCAGAGUUGCGCGCUUGUCUAUCUGGUUUACAUCACAUACGACGAGUAUUCCGGCAAACCUCUUGGCCUUCGCGAUGCAAAAGAUAAAGUGAAGCUCAUCAUGUUGGAUCUUAUUUUCAUAAUCUUCUCUUCGGCAAACUUGGCGUUAACAUUCAACACAUUAUACGACUAUCAAUGGGUCUGCGCUUCGCCGGAUACCUCGAUGUCGGACAAUACCCCGUACGAUAGCCACAUCUGCCGCCGCCAGCGUGGUCUCGCUGCGUUUCUUUUUCUGGUACUGAUAAUGUGGGUGAUGACAUUCACCAUCAGCAUUCUACGUGUAGUCGAGCGCGCGAGUGGUGGGUCCCGAAGAUAG